AUGAGCUUCAUCGCCCGACGAGGGAUCUCUACCCUCAUUCCCCCAAAGGCAAUCGGCGCUGCCAAGGAUGCUGCCCGCAUGGAGCGCGUGAGUGACUUUUACGCCAGACUCCCUCGCGGCCCGGCUCCCGAGGUCAAGCCCUCUGGCCUCUUUGCCCGUUACCAGGCCGCCUACUUCGGCAAGAAUGCUUCUUCUGCUCCUCUUGUCCACCUCAUCAUCGGCCUGACCCUGGUUGGCUACAGCAUACAAUACGUUACCCACCUCCGCCACCACAAGAACAACCCUCACUAG